GCACAGCUCUUCCAGUGCCAGGCCCUGCGGUUCGUAGUGACCAGCAGCCUUCAGCGAUCUGUGGCUUCCCCGGAACACUCCUCGAGUGGUUUCGAAGCAGCUAGACUUCGGUGGGACGCCCUUCUCUCGCAAAGCUUUCACCAGCAACCUAAAAGGAAGCCCCACUUCUCAGAGCCUUCUGUCUCCAAACUGGCUGCUUGAUAAAUCAGCUUGGUUACACUCCAUUUAAUCCCAUCCUAACUCCUAAAAACAGAUACAGAACAAUGGCCGCGACAACCAUUUUGCCAUGGAAUUUGGAAGAGGGACUGCAAAAAUUGCUUGGGAACGUUUCUUUGAGUCUUCUCUAUAAAUCUGGUGUCCAUGGAAACAGUUCAUAUGCUCUAGUUAAUAAAUGCAAAAACCAGGGAUCUACUCUAACAAUAUUUUACUCUAAUGCCUGUAUUUGGGGGGCCCUUAUACUUGGGCAUUAUCCUAUGGAAUGUGAAGAUGGUAGAGAGCCAAAUUCUUCUUUCAUUUUUUUAAUUAAAGUUUCAGAAGUUAAAAUGUCACAUGAAUUUUUAACUGGGACAUCAGUUAUUGAUAUAUUUGGUGGAUGCCUGAAAUUUUAUUUCUCUGAUGUUGAGAUUUUGUCUGUGGAUCUAAAUAACAUGACAUGUUCUUCAUGUGACUUAUUAAGUAAAAAGUUUGGAAUACAUCAUUCCUUUUACAAAACAUAUCAUGAAUGUGAAGUUUUUCGAGUUGAAGGAAUUAAGGACGAUGUGGGCUAUAUAAGAAAAAUAAGCAAGAUAAGAAGAGCCAUACAGCGCAGGGAGAAUCUCUUAGCAAACCUUAGAGACUAUGAGUUUUGUGGAAAUUUGGUUUCCAAAGUUCGUAUUCUACUGCUGGGUCCAGUGGGAUCUGGAAAGUCCAGCUUUUUCAAUUCAGUGAAGUCCAUUUUCCAAGGUCAUGUGACUCGGCAAGCCCCAGUGGGGUCUGAUAUAACCAGUAUUACUAAACAGUAUAGGAUAUAUUCAGUUAGAGACAGAAAAGAAGGCAAAUCUCUGCCAUUUACACUGUGCGACACCAUGGGGCUGGCUGAUAAAGAGGGAGAAGGAUUGUGUAUGGAUGACAUAGCCCACCUCUUAAAAGGCAACAUACUAGACAGAUACCAGUUUAAUCCUGAUAAACCAAUUACGCCAAAUCAUUGUUACUACCUCACCACUCCAAAACUAAAGGACAGGAUUCAAUGUGUGGCUUUAGUCUUAGAUAUCAACUCUACUGACAAUCUUUCCUCUAAGAUGGUGGAAAAUUUCAAGCAAAUUCAAAAAGAAGCAUUACGCUGGGGUAUUCCAUUUGUAGUCUUGCUUACUAAACUGGAUGAUUGCAGUGAAGUUCUUCAAGAGGACUUAUUAAACAUGAAUAAAUCUAUGGCUUCUCGAAGUCAGAUAAUGAAAGUCCAGAAAAUGCUACACAUUUCUAUUUUUAAUAUAUUGAUGGUUGAAAAUUAUUCUUCAAGUUGGGACGAAGAUCCUUUAAAGGAUGUUCUCAUUCUUUCCGCACUAAAGCAGAUGUUACAGGCUAUUGAUGACACCUUAGAGGAUUUGCCUCUUGAGGAAACAGAUUAAAUGCAAGAAUAUUACAGUUCCAUAUGUGACCUCAUCUGCUUACUUUUGCUGCCGGAUCUGGAUUGGUACAUUCCAAUUGGAGGUGACCUCUUUGAAGGCCACCUUGAGACUCUUUCAUUCAUGCUUUACCUUCUGUUGUUGAACACAUUAAACCAAGAGGUUCUACUUGGGGUUAGUUAUACCUCAAAUCCCAAAACCAACCCUGAGAAGUGGUAGGUCAAGAUAUAUCCAACAAAAUACCCUCCAUAUUUCUGCGUCAUUUAAAAUUUAAUUUCUGUAUCUUUUAAACCCCUUCAGCCAACCAUUUCCUUCCUUCCUCUUCUUAGUAUG